AGCUGUGGGCGUGUGCGUAAGUAAAAAUGGCGACAUACAGGUAAUUCAAAACAAACAAUUCCAGUCCUGGGAACAAACUGGAAGACGAGACCUUGACGAGCCUGGAGAGCUACCUGGACGAGUGUUUUGACAACAUCGUAAUGGGGAAGCCGAAGAAUCCCACAUCCACGAACACACCGUCUUCCAAACGAUGUCGGUCUAGUUCAACCAGUGCUGCUUCUACAUCUACUUUGUCUCCAGACAGGAGCUACAGCGACGUCCUGGAAUCCAUCGACAAAAAGCUAACUAGCUUGGACGCCCGCCUUGCCCUGGUAGAAGUCCUGCAUAAGGAGUUUCAAGCUUUGAGAGAGUCGCUGGAAUUCAGCCAAGCUCAGCUGGCCUCCGUCACCGCCGAGAAUGAAGCGCUGAAGGGGGAAGUCACCAAACUCGCCGAGGGGAUGAUCCAGCUGUCCGGCGAAAAUAGAAAGAUGAAGGAAUCCAUUCUGGACAUUCAGUCGCGGAGCAUGAGAGACAAUCUCGUCUUCGCUGGAAUCGCUGAACAGCAGGACGAGGACCCUGAGGCGAUAGUACGUGAGUUCCUCCAGAAGAAGCUGAAAAUCCCGGCGGACCAGGUAAAAAACAUCACCUUCCAUCGCGUUCACCGGCUCGGAGGUAAGAAGCCUGAUAAAUCCCGUCCUAGACCAAUUGUAGCUAAGUUUGAGCAUUACAAGCAGAAAGAGCAGGUCAGGAGUCAGGGCAGAGAGCUGAGAGGAACAGAUUUCAGCGUCAAUGACCAGUAUCCAAAGGAAAUAUUAGAUCGCAGGCGAGCGUUAUUCCCAAUCAGGAAGAAAUACAUCAGUGAAGGCGUCAGAGCUACAGUAGCAGUUGACAAACUUUAUAUUAAUGGUCAGUUGUUCAGGGAUCAGAAGAUCACUCCUUGGCUUUAUUAGAUGCACAACAGGCGGGUUUAAAAGCAUGUGACACCUGAUUAAAGUGUAUA